AUGAAGAACGCCGUUGGGAGAAUACUGCAAACAUGUGGAGCAACUCGGCAAUUGGAAAGUGGACAAUUCCCACAGAACUUGCUCUGUUUAACAAACCUGGUGCAGUGCGAAGUUGAUCUGAGAGAAGACAGGGACUAUAUGAGGCUGUCACUGUGUGGGAAGAUCAGAUACUGGGUGGGUUUUAUUUGUGAUUGUUGUAACAUUCCUGCUGCCAUGAUAGCCAUGCAAAGCCUGGGACAGACCACCUUGGAGGCUGGCUUUGGGGUACCGCAAGGGGGGCAGCCUGCAGCUCUGCACUCAUACCUAUGGAAAGGGCUGGCGGAGAAGUUCUUGAGGGGGGAACCCAAAGUCCUAGGGGUUGUCCAGAUAAUGACUGCCCUUAUGAACCUCAGCAUGGGAAUAAUAAUGAUGAGUACCACAUUACCAUUCUACAGAUUAGCUCCCAUCUCAGUGUAUUUGGGGUUCACAAUUUGGGGGUCAGUGAUGUUUAUUAUUUCAGGAUCCUUGACAGUUGCAGCAAGAAUAAGAACUAUAAGAUCUCUGGUGCAGUGCAGUGUAGUCUUGAACACCGUUGCCUCUGUGUUUGCUGCGGCGGGGAUUAUAAUCAGUGCGUUCAGCGUGAGGAUCUUUUUACAGGAUUAUAGCUACGGUCACAUACCAAGUAGUGAGUCCUUCAUCCUUCUACUGGGUUUGGAUGGCAUGGUGCUCAUGCUAAGCGUGCUGGAAUUCUGCGUUGCUGUGUCCCUCUCAGCAUUUGGAUGCAAAGCAACCUGUUGUAACCCUGGUGGGGUUGUGUUAGUCCUGCCAUCAGAUCUUCACACAGUGAAAGCAACAUCUCCUGCACCAUUUGAAGGAAAUUUGCAUGCCACCAGCAAAUCAACAACAGAUUUAUCCUGAAUUAGUUCAAGAAUUAUAUUUGAGAGAGUAACAGAACCCAGUUCAUAUUCAUGGAUGUGUUUGCCAGGUGGUCAACAGCACCUGGAAUGUAUUUUCUUCAUCCUAAAAUAUUUUAUGUAAGGGCAUUAAGUUGUCAGAGUCAGAAAGGCCAAAAGAUAUUACUGAAGUGAAUUAA